AUGUACCUGAUCACUGUGUUUGGAAACCUGCUCAUCAUCCUGGCUAUCAGCUCAGACUCCCACCUCCAUACACCUAUGUACUUUUUUCUAUCCAACCUGUCCUUUGUAGACAUCUGUUUCACUUCCACCACCAUCCCAAAGAUGUUGUGGAACAUCCAGAUGCAGAGCAAAACUAUCACUUAUGAAGGCUGCAUCACACAGAUUUAUUUUCUCAUCCUCUUUGCAGUGUUGGACAUCUUUCUCCUGACUGUGAUGGCCUAUGACCGCUUUGUGGCCAUCUGCCACCCCCUACACUACACAGUCAUCAUGAACCCUCGGCUCUGUGGACUGCUGGUCCUGAUGUCGUGGCUCUCAGUUGUCUCCUUAUUUUAUUGCACGAUGUUAGGAGUGUACCUUAGCUCUGCUGCUACUCAGAGUGCACAUUCAAGCUCGACAGCCUCAGUGAUGUACACUGUCAUCACACCCAUGCUGAACCCCUUCAUCUACAGUCUAAGGAAUAAAGACAUGAAGAGAGCUCUGAAAGCAUUCUUUGUGAAGGGAACUGUAUAA